AGUGCGAGAGGCAGGUGUAACGACAGGAGAUCGGGCUCAGCCGCAGCCGCAGCGACAGGAGGCGAAGCGCAAGUCUUCAGAGACAUCUAUUGCUUGCCCGCUAAAGGCAAUGAGGGAGCCAAGCUUGGACUGUAAUCCGUCUGAGAGACUUUGAGAGUAUAUUUCAAGCUGUUCUUUUUGGUCUUGCUCAAAUUAACAGGUCAUGCACAAGACAAAUUGAUAUGAAACAGAAAUGAACAUGGUGUAGCUUGCAUUGGAGCAUUCAAGCCAUUAAAAUGGAAUAUUCAAAUAAGUUGGAUGAAGUGGACUUGGCUUGGGACAACCUUCAAGAGGCCAAAUCAGUGUUACAACAGAUUGAAAACAAGUUGAACUCUGAAGAGGAUGACUGUCUUCCUGAGCCAAGCAUUCGAAAGUGCUUACAGUCUGAGGCACUUGGAUGCAGUGUACAGAAUACCAGCAGCCUUUCAAAUAAAGGAAGUUCACCACAUCAACCAACUUCCAUGACCAACAACAGACUGGACUCGCACAGGACCCUGCCUCACAACUGGACUCCUUCCUCAAGCAGGUCAAAUAACAACAGAAAAUUCAAUUACAAGUUGGACAAUUGUGGUUCUUCAAGAAGAAUGUUCUGUCAUGAGAGAAUAAACCCCUCCUACAAUGAUAUUAUUGACCAAGAUGCUCAUCUGUCUGGUGUUAGUCAGACAACAAUAACCAUCGAGCAAAAGUCAAGUGAUAACCCAUCAACUAGAGUUAUCCCGACAAGAUUGCAAGUGUUGGCUGAUUGGGAUACUUCAGAGAAAGGCUGCCAUAUGGCUCGUGAGCAAGAUGUCUGCAGCCAAUCCAACAAAUAUUCUGUAGAAGGAGGUCCUCCAGUUGACAAUGGUGCUAAUUUGGCAUUUGACUGUUAUAGCCAAAGGCAGAUGUUACAGGAGAAGAAAAGUUCUACAGAACCUUUUAUUUACUCCCUUAGUUCUCCUGGAAGUCCAUUUAUCCAGUGUCUGGAACUGAAAAGGAACAAAUCUCCCACCAACAAAUUGGACAGGCUUAAGGAACGGAUAAGGGUGCAAAGGAAGCUGCAAAAAGAGGAGCAGUUUGUAAGGAAUAAUUCAAAUCUGCCUCAAGAACAAUCUAUCCCAUUUCUCAGGCAGAAGAUCCACAAGGAUGGUUCAGAGAAAUGCUUGGUCAGGAAAGUGACCUGUGCGCCCCCAGCACCAGCCUACAAAGGCAAGUGACCAUUUCAUUGUUUCAGGGAUUAUCCUCACAUGGACUCUUUUUAUACGAGGUCCCUUUAGCCUAAGAGUGAUGUCACUGAGUUGG